AGUCCCUGGCAGGUGCUGUUACUGAACGCCAGAGGGAAAUUCUGCUGCGGAGGCGUCCUCAUCGAUGAGAACUGGGUCCUGACCGCUGCUCACUGCCUCGAAAACAACCUGAAAUUCAGAGUACGGCUGGGUGACUACGAGCGUCACAGAGAUGAGGGCACCGAGGUGACCCUGAAGGUCGUCCAAACCUUCAAACAUCCAAAUUACGUCUGGUUGGCAGAUUUUGUGGACAACGACAUCGCCCUGAUGCGUCUGGAAAGUCCCGCCCCCUUGUCCGAGCACAUCGUGCCCAUUUGUCUGCCGGGGCGCGAGAUGGCUGAGAGGGUGCUCCACCAGAACGGCACCCUGACCGUGGUGAGCGGCUGGGGCAAAGAUGACUUUGACAGCAGCCAUUACAGCUCAGCACUCAACAUCAUCAAGGUCCCGCUGGUCGAACAUGACAUCUGUGCCCGCCAGAUGACCAACAACGUCUCCAACAACUUCCUCUGCGCUGGGAUCCUGGGACAGAGGAUGGACGCUUGCGCGGGGGACAGCGGUGGACCGAUGGUCACUCUGUACCGAGAAACAUGGUUCCUGGUCGGCCUGGUGUCCUGGGGCGAGGAAUGUGGCAGGGACGACAAGCUUGGCAUCUACACCAAGGUGUCCAACUAUUAUGAUUGGAUCAACAGUGUGCGUGAAGAAUGGGACAGAGGUCACCAUCCACAAGUAUCCCCGAGUGUCUGAACCAACUCAGCCUACAACAGUUGAUCCAGUUUGGUCUGAUAAAACAAAAAAAAGGAUGUAACACUUUAUAAAUAAAUGUAAUCUGUCUCAACAUG